UCCUGCCUUCGAGAUGAACAUUCAGCAUUUAACUCUUCUCUGUUUAAUUUUUGCUUUUGUGAAAUGCCAAAGUUCUGAUGAUGAUCCAGUCGGGACGGAGUGCUCUACAAGAGGAACACACUUUCCUGGCACGUGUCAACAUAGAGAUGACUGCCCGGCUAUCAAAAGUGGUUUCAUACCUUCUCGUAAUGUAACUUACUGUAAUCGUCGACAGGGUUUAGUUUGCUGUCCAAAUAGAGAGUUGGAACCGCCAAAUGAAAUACGAAUUCAAGGAGAUAGGAUAAGUGAAAAAAAAUGCAGAGAAUAUGCAAAAGUAACACAAAAGGAAAUCGUUAUAGGAUCACUUAUCCUUGGUCGACCUGGCAGAGUUGUGAUUCAAGACAAAUGUCAGCAUAAAUCUGUUUCUUUGAUCGUGGGUGGUGUCAAUGCACUUCCAUCCGAAUUCCCACAUCAAGCUCAUUUAGGAUACAAACCACGUGAAAAUAAAGAAACUGAUUGGGUUUGUGGAGGAUCGUUGAUUUCAGCUAAUUAUGUUUUGACAGCCACCCAUUGUUUGAAUCAAAAAAGUACCGGGCCUGUAAAAUUUGUCAAAUUAGGGAUGUUAACACGCUCACAAAGGGACGAAAAUGUUUAUAUUUUUGAUGUCGAGAAGACGCAUCCAUAUCCAGAAUACAAUCCAAGAACUUUUGAAAAUGACAUUGGUCUCAUCAAAUUUAGAGGCAAAGUAACUUUCAAUGAGCAUCUUUAUCCAAUUUGUUUGCCAACAACUCAACUUGAUAAUCAAGAUGUGAUUGUUACUGGUUUUGGAAAAACAGGCGCUAAUCAUGAACAAACGGAAUAUUUGAUGAAAGUUAUACUCAAUCGAUUUACGCAUAAUGAAUGUCAAACACUUUACCCGAACUCAAAAAUUGUUAAGGAAACGAUGUUGUGCUAUGGAUCUCGUAAGGAGAAAAAAGAUGCGUGUAGGGGAGAUUCCGGUGGUCCACUUCAAGUUUCAAAUAACGAUGAUGUUAGAUGUACAUUUAAACAAAUUGGAAUUGUCAGUUUUGGCGCGAAAGAAUGUGGAACAAAAGGAUUUCCAGGAAUUUACGUCAACGUAUUCAACUAUAUUGACUGGAUUGAAGGAAUUGUUUGGAAAGGCGAAGUUUGAGUCAUUAACUUUGAACUGAACGAAAAUGUAAAUGUUUAUAAUCAGUGUAUUUUGAUUCUUCUUUAAUAACUUGUUAUAUUAUGCAAAAAGCAAUAAAGACCUG